AUGGCUACCUCAUUCGCCCCCGACAACCGGCCGAAUCUCCCUGCGCCAGAGGGCUCCAACGAGUACGAUCCUUUCACGACAGGAAAUUCCACGACCGCGCAUCAUCGCUACUCCAACAAUUUCGACAAUGGACUCUUUGCUUCCAGUCCCGGGUCUUCCCCGCGACAGGCCAAGCGAGCUUUGGAGGCGCACCUGGCCGAGACGGAUCGACGCCUUGACGAAGCUGGUAAAUUGGGCACCGCCCUGGUGUCGCAGCGAAAAGCUCUCGCCGAGCAGUUGCAGGAAGUAGAGAAGCUCGAAGCAGAGGGAGAACUCAACCCAGAACUGCGCCAGAAGUUGGUGGAAAUCGAGAAGGAGUACAAUGAUUUGGCACGCGAGUCUGCCCGGGCCUUCCUGCCCAAGCAGAGAGUACCGAGUAACGAGGCCAACCCUGGAUCUCCCUUCCCUGGGGCCAGGAACGGUAGGCGGUCUGUCAGUCCGUCGAAAUUCGAAAGUCAGGCCACCGGGUCUCCAACCAAGUUGAGCGUCCCGAAUAGAAAAAUCAGGAACCAACCAGCGAACCGGGUACACGACAUCGAAUUUGCUGCCGAAAUCAGCACGUCGUUGAUCGGACAGGUGCGAAACCUGCAAGCUCUCUUGGCCGAACGCGAUGAAGAGGUUCGAGAUUUGAAGACCGACAAGUCCGCCCUUGAGAUCGAAUCCGAGAGCCUUCACCAGCGUCUCAAGACGCUCGACGAAAGUGAGCACCGAUACAAAGAAGAGAACUGGAACCUCGAGACCAGGCUCCAGGAGAUGUCGUCGCAGCAACGUGAUGCGUCCGACCGAGAGAAGAAGCUGCAGCAGAGCCUCAGCGCAUCCAACACAGAGAAGGUCGCCGCACAAAAGGAGUUGGAUGAGGCUAGGCUGUCGCAUGCCAAGCUUCUCGAGGAGCACACUGCAUCUGUCAAGCACCACGACAUCGAGCUCGGCACAGUAAAGAGGAACAUGGUCAUGGCCGACAGCGAGAGGACAACCAUGCAGCGCAAGAUUGAUGAUCUGAUGCAUCAGAACCAAGAACUCGCCAAGGCCUUUUCCGUACAGCGUGGCAAGAUUGCUGAGCGAGACUCGCUCUCUGGGCCGAGUGAAGAUGACUUCGAAUCUGCUGCAGACAACCUCACACCUGAGCAUUCUCCUCCUGCUUCCCCCAUCAAAGGCACUCCUCGUCACUCAAUGCUCGAGACUGAGACCCUCAAGUCUUCUCUGCACCAUGCGCACAGGACUAUCCAGAGUCAGCGCAGCCAGAUCCACCGCGAAAAGACAGAGAAGGUUGAGCUUCGACGCAUCAUUCAGGACCUUCGAGACGAUCUGGAGCGAGUUAGAACAGACUCUGGAUCUUCAACGUCGCAACACCGGAAGAGCCGCAAACUCGACCCUAGAGAUUCUAAGAGGUACUCCCGCCUGCUCGGAAGCCACCGCUCCAGUCAGAAAGAGAUCAUUCUUAGCGAAGAAGAGCCCGAUUGGGAAGACCACGACGAUCAUUCGCCACAGGCAUCUUCGACUGUCACUGGUGGCUCUUCUCCCCUUGCUCAUAGACAGGGUACUGGGUUGGGCAACGUCUCCGAGGAGUUCGAUACUGCCAACGAAGCCAGCGAAUCAGCAUUUGAGACCGCAAACGAGCGUGCUGGCACCGAGACUGACGACUUCCAAACCGGUAAUGAAGCCUUCUCCGGAAGCGACGCUGACGAUACCGAGACGGAAACAACAUCCCGAGGCUUUGGUAGAAUGAAACGACCUCCCCCUCUGCCAGCAGGUCUCUCGAGGCAUGCUGGCCCCGAUCCUUUCGACAGUACAGCGUCGACAUCGGGUGACGAGCUUCCCCAAGUCAGGACGCCGACUGAGCCUCUCCCGCCUAGAGGACGAUUUAGACUUAGCCGUGGCCUAGGCCGGAGCUCGCGCCAGGGUAGCGAAGAGCCUUCCUUUAAGAGCAGCCCUGCUGCAAGCUUCACUGGCAGCAGCUCAGCAACCCCUCAAGGCAUUCAUCAAAGCUUGUUCGCUGAGUUGCAAGAUUUCGCCGGAAGUGACGAGGAUUCUAUUAAUGGUACGCCCAGUAGGAAUGUCCGUGCCUUCACUCCUGGCUCAAUUCGUCUUCAAGAAUCACUGGCUCCUGCAGCUCCUGUUGUGCCCAAGCCGGUCAUGGUUGAUAGCGGAGUUAUGACAGAUCCUAUCGAUCUCAAGGAGCUGUCGCCUGCUCCUUUGCCGUUUGAUCAACACUCGGACCGUCCUAUGUCCGUGGUUUCGGCCUUCCAUGCACCACUGGGCAACCGCCGCCUCUCUCAGGUGUCGUCUCGAGACUUUGAUGCCCACUCGCUAAGGCCUGUCUCUUCGGGUUCGUUCAGCCAACAUAGUGAAGCCGAUAUUGACCCUAGGCUAUCUCAAUUCCCGGCCCCUCCGAGUGUGAUUGUGCUAGCACCUGAACUAGCUCUAUCUUCUGUUCACUCAGAGAGCGUCGAGCCGGUAGAGGAACCCAUCGUCAUUCCUUCCUUGGGCCUGACUUCGAUCACUGUCGAAGCACUGGAGCCAGUCGAGGAAGUUGUGACGCUACCUUCGCUGUCGAUCUCUUCCAUUGGGGCGGAACACUUGGAGCCCGUUCCAGAGCUUCCCCCAGCUCUUUCUUGGACCGCUAUCAGCACGCAAAACCUGGAACCUGUCGCAGAGCUUCCUCCAUCAUUGUCUCUGUCUUCAAUUGGGGCAGAGCAGCUGGAUCCUGUGCCCGAGGCACCACCUGUCCUCUCAUGGUCCUCCGUCGAGUCGGAGCAUGUGGAACCUGUCAUGGAGAUUCCACCUACCUUGACACUGUCAUCGAUUGGUGCCGAGAACCUGGAACCAAUUGCAGAGCCUGAACCAAAGCCUCUUGCCCUGGCUUUGUCCUCAAUAUCUGCGGAGCACUUGGCGCCCAUCGCCGAGCCCGAGCCCGAGCCUUUGGCCUUGGCGCUGUCUACAAUUUCUGCUGAGCAUCUAGAGCCAAUUGCAGAGCCCGAGCCGGCGCCUCUGGCGUUGUCUCUGUCCUCCAUCUCAACAGAACAUUCAGAGCCAGGACCUGAGCCCGAGGUCCCAGUGCUGUCAAUGUCCAGUAUUUCCCGCGAGCAUUCGCCUCCCAGAGAAGUACCAGAGCCUGCUCCUCCGGCUCUGUCUAUGACGGCAAUUUCACGGGAAGUCGUUGAGCCUAUCAGUCCCGUCGAGGUCGUGGCUCCAGUGCCGGUGCUUGCCCUGUCGAGCAUCGCCUCCGAGUUUACUCAACCCAUCUCGCCAGUCGAAGCGGCGCCUAGGGUGGAAUUUAUCGUCCCCCCACCUCCUCAACUGAGCAUGUCCUCACUCAUCUCAGAGAACUUGGAGCCUAUUGUUGAGCCCCCGGUUAUUGCUCUUCCUCCGUCACUGAUCAUGUCCUCUAUCGCCACGGAGAAUGUUGAGCCCGUCAUCGAACCCCCUGUGGUUGUUCCCACACCAUCAUUGGUCAUCUCCUCCAUCGCAACGGAGAAUGUGGAACCCGUGAUUGAGCCACCCGUCGUUAUUCCUCCGCCAUCGUUGAUCAUGUCCUCUAUCUCAACCGAAGAUGUGGAACCUGUCAUUGUUCCUCAACCAUCCCUGAUCAUCUCUUCAAUCUCUACUGAGCACGUGGAGCCCGUCAUCGAACCUCCCGUCCCUCCACCAAGCCUCAUCAUGACCUCCAUUUCUACACAGAACAUUGAGCCAAUUGCCGAGCCUGAAGUGAUUGUACCUCGGCCCUCUCUUAUAAUGUCAUCUAUCUCAACAGAGCAUGUUGAGCCUUUGAUUGAAGAGCCCAAGGAAGUGCCAUCUCUCACUCUCUCAAAUGUCACUAUGGAAGACGUCGAACCCGUUUCCGAACCAGAAGUCCCUGUUCCAGAAUGGAAGCUGUCCUCAAUUUCCGCCGAGAAUAUCUCUCCAAUCAACGAACCUGUUCCUGCGCUCGUUUUCUCGUCUAUCGGUUCGGAGGCCAUUGAACCUCCUACCCCAGUGGACGAGAGCGCUGAUCAUUCUGCAUGGCGCUCUCUCGUUCUCCCUGUUGCUGCGGGGGCAUUUGGCAAGACACACUCUUCACUCAAGGCGUCUGAUGACCGAGCUCUCAACUCUUUGAGCACUGGGAAAUCGAAGGAUGUACCAGUAAUUAUUGCCGAGGACGAGACAAGUCAGUCGCUCGAGACGGCCGGACUCACCAACAAUGCCAACGCUGCUCGGCCUCCUCUAGAAGAGAUCUCAGCAAACAAGAAACCGGCCAUGUCCACCAGCGAUAAUGGCGCUCAAACCUCGCUUACCGCUGAUGCUAUCGAUCAACUCUUCCAAUCAAAUCCCCGUCGCAACCACGUCAAGAAUCUGUCCAUCCCCAGCGUUGGUACACCAGACACCACGGGUACAGUAAGAAUCACUCGAUCAGACGACUACACCGGCAGCCCAAUCGCCGCCCGAGGACGCAAGUUCGACGACUCAUUCUUGGAAUCUCUUUCUACCCGCCGACCUGGAAGUGCCACAAGUGGACGAGGGUCUGUGUUUGAUGCUCCCCCCCUGCCAGAAAAUCAUCGCGAGGUCAUCGAGGCUGUUAGGAACGGAUCGAUUGCCUCUCAAGGCAGCAUGGGACCUCCUCUGUGGCCCGCAUCUGCGACAAAACAACGACCGCAAACCCCUAGCCUGCACAGGCCUGAGUCAUCCCACUCUGUUCUCGUUGGAGGUUCACCGCGAACGAUUCGUGCCUCUCAGACACAGAGGAAGAGUGAUGUCCAUACUCCAAUUAGGACUCUGUCUCGAUCUGGACACUCGUCUGUCUCGUCUUUUGCCUCAGAAAUGGACACUCGUUUCAAUAUUCGCCAUGGCGAGCUGGACCCUACCGGCCUCGGACCCAACACGGAUCCACGCAUGAUUCAGGCCAUUACCCAGACAAUGAUUGGUGAAUAUCUCUGGAAAUACACAAGGAAGACGGGCCGUGGCGAAAUGUCGGAGAAGCGCCACCGACGCUACUUUUGGGUUCACCCAUACACACGAACUUUGUAUUGGAGUGAUCAUGACCCAUCAAGUUCAGGUCGUCAGGAGCACCGAGCCAAGAGUGUGCCAAUUGAAGCAGUGAGAGUUGUCACUGACGAUAACCCAAUGCCACCCGGACUUCAUCGCAAGAGUAUUGUCAUUAUCUCCCCCGGCCGCACCAUCAAGUUUACCUGCACUACAGGCCAGAGGCACGAGACCUGGUUCAACGCAUUAUCCUACCUGCUGUUGCGCACUAAUGGCGACGGUCACAAUGACGCUGAGGAGAUGGUGGGCAACAUUACCCGCAGCGAUGUGGAUGAAUUCAACCCUCAGCCUGGGCAGCAGCCGGAGAGUGGUACCCGCAGACGCCCUCCUCCCUCGCUGUCGUCGUACAACUCCAGGGCAACCCGGUCCCAGUCCCCCACGAUCGAUCCUUCGUCAAUGGCCAUUCCCACGCUGACACCCAAGAACAACCAGCGCCCCUCGGCUGGCACGCUUAGCAAGUUCAGCGGGUACUUCAGGCCUGGAAAUUCCAGGUUCUCUAGCAUGCGUGGGCGUGGAUCUAGCGCUCAGAAUGUGAGCAUAUACGAGGCUAGCGAGGUUCACGAUAGUGCCGAGGAUCUUAGAGAGAUGAUCGAGCGACAAGAUAGGGAAUCUGACCGUUUAGAGAACGUCAGAGCUUGCUGCGAUGGCAAGCACGACGUUGGCACACUGCACCGCAGGACUAAGAAGUCGGGUGCUCACACGCACUCGCACCCAGGACCCUCUACGACCACUGCCCAAACCUCGACGUUGCGCUCACGAGCCUAG